AUGGCGCCCAUCUCCAAGGAGACCGACUUCCUGGUCAUUGGCGGCGGCAGCGGCGGCCUCGCGUCGGCGCGCAUGGCCAGCAGCAAGUUCGGCGUCAAGGCCACCGUCAUCGAGGGCGCCCGCCUCGGCGGCACGUGCGUCAACGUCGGCUGCGUGCCCAAGAAGGUGACGUUCAACGCGGCCGCCAUUGCCGAGGCGCUGCACGAGGCCAAGGCGUACGGGUUUUCGGUCGCCGAGACCAAGCCCUUUGACUGGCCGACGUUCAAGGCCAAGCGCGACGCCUACGUCAAGCGCCUCAACGGCAUCUACGAGCGCAACCUCGGCAACGACAAGGUCGAGUACGUGCGCGGCUGGGCGCGGCUGACGGGCCGCAACGAGGUGACGGUGGCGCUCGACGAGGCCGACGAGGCCGGCAACAAGGAGGUGACGAUCCGCGCCAAGAAGAUUCUGGUGGCCGUCGGCGGCCGCCCGUCGGAUCCGCCGGCGAUCCCCGGCGCCGAGCACGGCACCAACUCGGACGGCUUCUUUGAGAUUGCCACGCAGCCCAAGAAGGUCGCCAUCGUGGGCGCCGGCUACAUUGCCGUCGAGUUUGCCGGCAUGUUCAACGCCCUGGGCACCGAGACGCACCUCUACAUCCGCGGCAAGACCUUUCUGCGCACCUUUGACCCGCUCAUCCAGGAGACCGUGACGGACAACUACGCCAAGCUCGGCGUGCACGUGCACCGCGAGACGCAGCUGACGCGCGUCGACAAGGACGCCGCCACGGGCAAGCUGACGCUGACCUACGGCGACGGCCAGACGCUGGCCGACGUCGACCACCUGAUCUGGGCCAUUGGCCGCACGCCGCUGACCAAGGACAUUGGCCUCGAGGAGCACGGCGUCCAGCUCGCCGACAAGGGCUUCAUCAAGGUCGACGCGUUCCAGAACACGACUGCCGAGCACAUCUACGCCCUCGGCGACGUCACCGGCCCCGUCGAGCUGACCCCCGUCGCCAUUGCCGCCGGCCGCAAGCUCGCGCACCGCCUCUUUGGCGGGCCGGAGUUUGCCACCCUGCACCAGGACUACACAAACAUUCCCAGCGUCGUGUUUGCGCACCCCGAGGUCGGCUCCAUUGGCCUGACGGAGCCCCAGGCCGUCGACAAGUUUGGCAAGGACAACGUCAAGGUCUACAAGACCAACUUUACCGCCAUGUACUACGCCAUGAUGGACGCCGACGAGAAGCGCCCGACAGCCUACAAGCUGGUCACGACCGGCAAGGACGAGAAGGUCGUCGGCCUGCACAUUGCCGGCCUCGGCAGCGGCGAGAUGCUGCAGGGUUUCGGCGUGGCCAUCCGGAUGGGCGCCACCAAGAAGGACUUUGACAACGUCGUGGCCAUCCACCCGACGAGCGCCGAGGAGCUGGUGACGUUGAAAUAG